GGACGGGUGUCUCUGUCUCACACACUCUGAGCAUCACCGCCCCCAGAGCGUCAUCAUGAAGUUUGUGGUUCUCGCACUGACAGUCCUGUUGGCUGCAGGUUCCCAGGCCAGGUACCUGCAGGCUGAUGAGGCCCCAACCCAGCUUGAGCAUAUCAAGGCCGCUGUGAUGGUGUACCUGACCCAGGUGAAAGAGACAGCCCAGAAGGCCCUUGAUCAUCUCGAUGGCACUGAAUAUGAGGAAUACAAAGCAAGACUGUCCCAGAGUCUGGACAACCUGCACUCCUACGCCCAGACCGCCUCCCAAUCACUGGCACCUUAUGGCGAGUCCUUCACAUCCCAGUUCCUGGAGGCCACCAAGCAGAUGCGCGUGAAUGUGAUGGCUGAUGUGGAGGACCUCCGCUCACAGCUGGAGCCAAAGCGCGAAGAGCUGCAGCAGGUCCUGCAGAAGCACGUGGAGGAAUACCGUGAGAAGCUUGAGCCCAUCCUCCAAGAGUACGUGGCCAAGCACAAGCAGGAGAUGGACACCCUGAAGGAGAAGCUGCAGCCCCUGGUCGAGGAGAUGCGCGAGAAGGUCCAGGCCAACGUGGAGGAGACCAAGUCCGUGUUGCUGCCCAUGGUGGAGAUCGUGCGCACCAAGCUGACCCAGCGCCUGGAGGAGCUGAAGACCAUGGUCGCCCCCUAUGCCGAGGAGUACAAGGAGCAGCUGACCAAGGUGGUGAGCGAAGUGAAAGAGAAGGUGUCCCCCCACACCCAGGAUCUGCAGGGCAAGCUGGAGCCCUACGCCGAGGAGCUGAGGACCAAGCUGGCAGCCCUCUGGGAGACCAUCUACCAGCACCUGUCGGCGUAAAAAUUGCCCCAAUGUUGCCCCUUUCUUUCACACUUGCAUUUGCUCACAGACACACACAGAGACACGUAGACGGCACCGUGCUCCUCUGAGCCGACCAAGCAGAUGUUGAUGCAACAGCACUCUGAGGCCAACACGACUCACACACACACUCAAACACACUGUGACACAGCUCCAUGUGAUACAGGCCAGCUGAAUCCUGUGAGACCUUUGAUGUGAGACGUGGCGACACACACACUCGCACACACACAACAUCACGUAGUAAGCACACUGUGUGUAUCCACCAUUGUGGCUAUCCUUGUGUUUGAUGUCCCAGUGUCUCUCCUGCUGUUGCUGAGGGAGAGGGAUACUGUGUGUUUAUUGAAUUUUGCACUUCUGUUACCCCUAAUCCACUGCUAACCACCAUCGUGUCAAUAAAACACAGAAAGGUUUCCAAGCCA